CUUUUUUCUUUUAAGGAGUAGUUCAAGAAAAUAAGAAUAUUUUUUUUAACACCACACAUAAAUGUGCAACUUUAAUUAUUCUUAGUCUUAUAACUAUAAAAAAAAAUUGAAUAACAGAAAGUUGAUAACUUUUCCUUUAUAGUUUUCUUUAUAUUUCAUAAUUCCCAAAUUAUAAUAAUGGAAGGUAGUUCACAGCAAAUCAUCAAACUUAAAUUAAAUGCAAACACUUCUACUGGAGAUUUCACUCGUCGAAAGAAUUGGUCACAAAGUAUUUUAGAAUCUUUAAGAGAUGUCGUUCAUGUUUUAAAUGAUGAUCUUCGAGUUCUUUAUUGCUCCACAGCCUCCAGUGAAUUCCUCGGUUAUAAACCGUCUGAAUUAAUCAAUAGGACAUUUACAGAAUUCCUUCAUGUAGAUGAUAUAGAUAUUUUUAUGAGAGAGUUUAGAGCUGCCAAAAAUUCUGUACAAGUUCUUCGAUGUUGCUAUCGUUUUCUAAGAAAGGAUGGUAAAUAUACUACUUUGGAAACAAGAGGUCACUUUUACAAAAACUCUUUCUUUGGUAGUGCUCGAAAAAUCCCUACUGAAACAUCUCAAUCGAUUGAUUUAUUUCUUGAUCUUAAAAUGGAAAAUGAAUUAUUAAAAAAGAAACUUACUCAGCUUAAACAGCAGCAUGACGAUAUUGAAUGUAGUAAAAAUAAUAGUAGUGCAGAUUCUAGUAACACUUCAUUGGAAGAAGGAAAUAAAAAAUCCAGUGAUUACUUUGAUGACUUUCUUACAACUAUGGAUAAUCCACCUAAUGUGUACACACAGGGCGUCAGCUCUUCGUAUGACAUAAAUAAAAGUCUAGCAUUGUUCACUGGUUUAAGAUAUGAUUUGGGUGAACGUUCCGUUGGUAUUUCAUUAGGCCUAGAAAAUAGCGAUUUGAGAACAAUCGGAAUGGAAGAACUUUUAUCAUAUCCUACUAUAGUUCAUAAUAUCGAAACUGCUUCAUCCAAUGAGAACCAGUCCUCUUCUAAACAGGGAAAAAAGCAACGCACUAAUAAUUUCAACAAUAUGAAAAUAUGCACUGACUGUGGAACAACUGAGGCGCCAGAAUGGAGAAGAGGACCUAAUGGACCAAAAACGCUUUGUAAUGCUUGCGGUCUACGUUGGUCUAAAAUACAAAAAAAAGUUGAACAAAAUGAAGUUAAAUAAGAGAAACAAACAUAAAGUUUUAUAAUAUUGAACAAUGUAAAAAUUACCUAAUGAAUAGAUUAACAAUAAGAUUUUUUUUACAAUUCUAAAUAAAAUAAUUCUUCUUAAUUGUGUAAUAA